GGACUCCGAACCUCGGAUCAUGCGACGUGGUUCUCUUUCUUACCACCAUCAUGGCAGACAUACGGAUAUCAGCCUUUAUUGCUGUAACGUCCGUCAUCUUUCUAGCAAUCGCAUAUUCUGUAGUCUACGGAACCUAUAUCGACACCUCAGAUCCUCUACUUUCCCAUCUUCCUCAUCACAUGGCCAAGUCCAUCUACUGGGCAACCAAGUCCAACUUUUUGAACGUGUAUUUUAUCAAGUAUGCUUGGGGAUGGACGUCUGCCGCAUUUCUUUUUUCGUGGGCUACCAGCAGCCCAGACACAAGAACAGCUUCCCGGAUAUUCAAAUGGGUCACCGAGACGGCGGCAUGGCUCGUAUUCACCAGCUGGUUUUUCGGACCGGCCCUGCUAGACCGUGCCAUCAUCGCGUCUGGUGGCGACUGUUUCGUUUCGCUUCCUUCUGGUGAGAUCAUGACGGUUCCUCAUGGCUUUUGUUUCACCAAGUCGACUCUCACACCUGCGGAACGGCCCCACCUAUUCUCUGCGUCAUUCAUUGCCCCUCCAGGGUGGGUAGGGAAGCCCAGAUUGAGGAAGGGCCAUGAUGUCUCUGGGCACAUCUUUCUCCUUACCAUGUCCAUCCUUUUCCUUGCGGACCAACUUCGUCCAUCCCUUCGUCAUUCGAUUACCCAUUGGUCUACACUACACAAAUACGCCGUCGCGGCAAACGUAACCCUAAUUGCGAUAUGGCUCUUCGCUAGUGCUACAACGAGUGCUUAUUUUCACUCCCCUUCAGAGAAAUUUACGGGAUAUGGUGGGUCUUCAGGUCUUUGAUGCUUUCCUGCGCUGAUAUAUCUAGUUCUCGGCGUAAUGACAUUUGGCAUCACUCAAAUACCGUCUCUGUUGAAGGCGAACACGGUACGCGCAGACAGAGUACACUCGAGUUAGAAU